CGCAGUCCAUUCGCUACAGACACUCCUGCAUUGUGUACUCGUAUUCAUGGCAACAGUGAGCGAGGCCUGUCUAUCAGUAACAAGGCGACAUUGACCGCAGCCGAUCGGCAGUCGGCACAUAAAAACAAUUCGUUCGACAAUGUUGACCGAUCCGUUAGUGUACAUGCCUGUUGAUCGAUGGAGCGAUCUUAAAGCAGCGUUUAAGGCUGACUGGCCUAGAAGCGUGUCUGGGUACCUAGUGCUGGAGACACAGGAACACAUUUUGAGUUCUGGCAUCGACUAUGGUUUCAAAGUGUAUUGCCCUUUUGGAAACGUGAACAAUGGCAUUGUUGCACUUAAUAUUAAAAAAACAUAUUACGAAGUUAUAAUCCAAUGUCCCACCGACGAUACCAGAGAGUUAGAAGAUGCCUUGAGUACCACAAAAAUCAUUGAUUGGAAGAGAUGCAAUCAGAUACCGUUCGCGCCUCGUCAUGUUAUGGAUUGUGUUAAAAGAUUAUUAACACAAAAUAAUCUUAGCAUAGAAGGAAUAACAAUGACACAAACAUUUAUUUUAGACAACGAAGCAGCUCCUUAUGACGUAAGAUUACCCCCAGGAUUUUCCUUCGACCUUUUAACUCUGGACGCAGUGGAAGCAAUCAAUGAAUGUUGGCCACACAAAUACCCCGGUUCGCAAUGGUACUACGAACUAUUGACCAAAGCCAAAUUGGGUUAUGGGCUAUAUAAUGGAAACGAACUAAUAUCGUGGGUGUACAUCAAAGAAAUGGGCGCCUUGGGUCAUUUAUAUACAAUGGAGAAACACAGACGGAAAGGUUACGGCGAAUUGGUUUUGAAACUAAUAUCGAAUGUACUUUUGAAGGAUAAAAAAUACACAGUUGCCUUUUGUACAGAAGGUAACUCAGUUGCCGCCAAUAUGUACAUGAAACUGGGAUUUCAAUUGUUUCAUGAACUGUAUUGGUGUAACAAACAUUAUAACAUCGAGUGAUUUCAUUGUUCUCGACUGAAUGAAUGUUGUGUCUGUGAUAUAUUAAAGUAUUUAUUAAAAAAAAAA